CUUUAAUAUAUGCAAGAGUUUUUACAAAUAUUGCAAAUAGUGAAGCUUAUUAUCAAAUGUUUAAUUCUCUCUUUGAUUGGGUUUUUAAACUAACAGAAAAAUUACCACAAUUUUAUUAUAUUCAUAAAAUGGGUUGGAAAUGUAUUAUUGAAGAUCUUGAUAAUUCACAAGCAAAAGGUUUAGAAAUAUGGCUUAAAGCACCUGAUAAUACAAAUGUAGAAGAGGCAAGUUAUGCUAAUAUUAAUCAUGAUGGCAAAGCUCUUUCUUUAGAAAAUGUGAUUCUUAA